GUUUUAUUUCUGCUAAUGUACGGUUCAAGCAUAAAGAAGUUUCAAAAGAGUUCAAAAGAGCUUUUUAAUAAGAGAAACACUAUUUCAAUUGAAUGGCCAGAAUAUAUGAGUUCCAAUCCUCAUCUUGUAGUAAUGGACAACGAGAAGAAGUAUUAUACUAAAGGGAAAAUCAAUAAAUUGAUCAAAGAAGAAAAAACUCAUAAGUAUACUAAAUAACCAGAAUACGAAUCUUAAAUUUGGGAUUAGUAAAGACUCCCCGUUCGUUAAUGAGUAUACUGAAUAUCACAGAUUGACCAAGAAUCUGUUUCAUCCCUCUCUUGAACCUAAGAUAAAGACCAAAUCAAAAAUAGGAAAAUAAAUCCAGAACUUACUCAAAGAAAGUUGUUAGGAAAAAUCUGAAUGUAAAUAACCAAAUCGCAAAUUUGAAACUGGUCAAAGUUAAACAGAAAGUGAACGAGAAAUUAUUUACAAAAAUGCUUUCAAAUGCAAUGUCUCCUGAGAAACAGAGAAAGAUCAAAUCUAGAUAUGAUAAUUAUGCGAAGAGUAGAUAUGAAAGAAGGAAAUCUAGAGAUCAAGCAUCCUUUAAUUCUGAAGCUGUCAGUAAAAAUAAUUCAAUAAUGGCGACUCUUGACCAUCAAGAAAGGUCUAAGAGUAUUAGAGUUCUUUCAGCCAUCAAGAGGAAGCCUUCGAUGACUCAAGAGCCUCUUGCAAUAAAAUCUCAAAGUAAAUUCAGGAAUACAGGGACCUCAUUCUCUAAGCAAACCUCAAGUUUAUCUAAAAGGAAGUCUUCAAAGGAGGCUUCUUGCUUCAAUGCAUAUAGUCAUAAAGACAAUGUGUCUUUUCAGGGAAUUUACCAGAGCCAUAAAUAAUUUUUAUGACAGUAUUUCAGAUAAGAAUGCCUUCACUGACCCUAGGAAGAAACCUAUGGAUGAGAAAUUAAAGACGCAUUUAAAGAAGUAUAAAACUGCAACUACAUUGGCGACUGCUAAUUCAGUUCCUUCUUUUGCAAGAACCAAGUGUAAAGCAAAAGGAUUUGAGCUUUCUCAAACAAAAACCGAUUUUGAUAGAGAAGAGAGUAUCAUCUCGAGUAAUAUCCGAGAUGAGUAUUGUAACCUUGACAAAGACAAAUCAAUGAGUAUAAUUGGAGGCACUAGCAAUAGCAUUCAUAUUAACAGCAAGCAUUCGUCUGUAAUUUUAAUAGGAAAGAGUAACAAGACUGCACUUGGAACAAUGUCUACCAUAAAAACGAGAGCAUGCACGAAUAAAUCGACCUUUGCGAAAAGGGAGAAGCCCGUUGGAGGGUACUUUUAAAAUUGGAAUACAUAAAUGCUCUUCUGU